AGCAAAGAGCAACCAAACUUUGUUUGGUUGCUGUACAGCUGGAGAUGGCUAGUCGCAAGAGCUUGAUUUAUUUUUUUCUUGUGGGUUUGUUACAAUUGACAAUGAUAUCUGGUCAAACUCUUAAACAGGAAGAAUACAAGGCAUCCUGGACAGAAGAAAAGCUGAACCAUGAAGCCAAGAUCAUGACAGUCACUGCUAUCAAAAACACUGCGGCACUGACUAACAUUUCUUUGAUGUGGCAUCACUAUCUGAGACCAAUGCUGAGGGAGAGAUAUCCAGGGUCAGCUGGUAUUACUGCCGUGCGUCAGCACAUCAAAGAUUGUUUAGAUGAACUCCAAGCUGGCUGGACAACUGUAGAGGACACUUUCCAAGAAUCAAUACCUUAUGGAACGAUUACAUUUUCAAAUAUUAUCAGUACCCUCAAUACCACAGCCAAGCGAAGGUUGGUGCUGGCCUGUCACCACGAUUCAAAAUACUUCAACAAGUGGUGGUAUAACAGAGUCUACACUGGUGCCACAGACUCUGCCGUGCCCUGUUCCAUGUUGCUGGAACUGGCUCGUGCAUUGGACUAUUUGCUAUUUAAGAUGAAGAAUACUCCGGGAAGACCAGACCUUACCUUGCAGCUCAUUUUUUUUGAUGGACAAGAGGCACUGGAAUAUUGGUCUGAGAACGACUCACUUUAUGGUUCUCGACAUUUGGCAAAUAAGAUGGAGAAGAUUGCACACCCACCUGGUUCAACAAAAACUAACCAACUGCAUGCAAUUGACCUAUUUAUCUUGUUGGACUUAAUUGGUGCACAAAAUCCAAGAUUCCCAAGUUAUUUUCCAAAUACCGUGCGGUGGCAUAAAAAACUGCAACAAAUAGAGCAAAAUCUGCAUCAUCUGGGGUUACUGAAAGAACAUCCCAACGAGGUGAAGUAUUUCUGGCCAAAAAUGCCAUCUAUGUACGUUAACGAUGAUCAUGAUCCAUUUGCACAAAGAGGUGUUCCCAUUCUGCAUAUCAUUCCUACCCCCUUUCCUCAAGUGUGGCACAGCUUGGAGGAUAAUGAAAUCAAUCUAGAUCCAAUAACCAUUGAUAACCUUAACAAAAUACUGCAGGUAUUUGUUUAUGCGUAUCUCAGACUGUAAUUUGCACCGAGCACAAAAAAAAGUAACUAUGAUUAUUAAGCACUUCAAACAAAGUAGAAGUUGGCAGCAGUAGUCCCAGUAGCCUUAAUGAAGGUAGGAUUUACAAAUUAACAAAACUUGCUCUCUAUUAAUACUAGUUCACAUUUAAUGUGUUUAUUGGUCUAAUACUUAUUGCUAAUUAACAAAAGAUUCAUCUUUGACAAUUUGUGGAAAAAAUGGAUAUCAAUUGAUGCUAACUAAUGAAAGCUUCAAGCUAUGCAUUCUUGGAACACAAGGCACACACUGUAUCAGAUUUUUUUGGUGACUUUGUUUUAGUAUAGGUUAAAAUAUUUUUUGGUGAAAUGUAGAAGUUCAAUGCCUUUAAAAUAUAUCAUUUUGCUAGCAUUUUUAAUAUUUGACCACUUUGGUAAAGUACUAGUGUAAUUGUAAAAUUAGGUGAAAGUGUGUUUUUCGAUGUGACGAGAUCAUCAGUUCAAUGUUUGUUGUUUGAAGUUAUAAAUAUGGAAGAGAUGAUCCUACACAGGUUAAGAAAAGCACAACUACAAAGAUAACUGCAUGGCAUAACUACAUGAAAAGCAUAACUAUAUGGUAGUAUAUUAUAAAAACGUCAGAAUUAAAAGUUUUGGAUUAUCUUUGUACUUCAAACCGAGAAAUAAAUGAAAAUAAAACACAUCUUUUGAGAUGCUAAUGAUAACGAAGAGUAACAUUGCAGCGCUUCCACCAAUAAGUGCUUGGAUUAACCUGGCCUCAAAAUACCUGAGUCAACUGAAGUGUUGCCACAAGAAGAUCCACUUUGAAGCUUUACAACUCCGACACCUUUGUAACAGCGUCUCAACUGUAAUUCCCAGCCUACAGCAACUGCAAAAUGUCCAUACUUUAUGAAAUCAUCCACGAAUGGCACGUGAGAGGUCUCUUAGCUUCUCUAAUAAUAAGAACUGGGACCAAUUUAUGAAAAUGACCAAGAAACUGUGGAACUAACUGCAAAUGUGACAUGCUCUCAGAUUUGAAAGUAAGAAAGGUACAAAUAUUUAAUACGUAGCUUUUCCUAACCUGCGAAUCAUCGAGAGAUGGUAUGUGAUAUUCAUACCCCUUUAUUUAAAGUUGAUGUUAACAAAGUAGCUGUAAUUCAGAAGUGAUAGUAAUUUUAACCCUGAACCUACUUACUAACUCAGAUCUUUCUCAUAGGCUUCUAAGGGAGACCCUAAGAACAAAUAAUAAAAUACAUAAAUCUCUUCAUUGAGAAUAGCAGUGUCUUCGCAUUCAUAUAUACUCUGGGUGUGCCACUUAAUUUGGAACUCAUGAGUACCUUGCUAGUUCACCAUUUAAAAUUGGGGCCACAGAUAUCACUUUGAAACAUGUUCAGAAAGAUUUGCUCUGGCUGCACAUAUGAUAAUAUGCUAAUUAUGCCACAAUUGCAUAAUUUUAAUUGUAAACAUUUAAAAUCUGUUCAGAAAGUGCGAAAAUCUGUUCAGUAGUGUACCCAAAUCCUGUGGUAACUUAGUAUUAUUUCAAAUCUCUCUAUUGCUCUGAAACUUUGUAUUAUUUUGAGCCACCUAUCGAACAUUAGUUUUAAUAAUGAAACUUUGAAAAAUAUUAUUCCCUUUCAAUAAAUGGCAUCAUCAUUCCAUUUUUGCAGUCCGGAGAGAUAGUCUGAGUACGAGAUAUCAGAACAAAACAGAGAAAGGUAACCCCAAGUGAACUUGAGAGUGGCAGAAAUAAUGUUUGUAUUUUAAAUCGGUUUUGUAACCUAUUAAUAAACCAACUUUAUUUUGCUGAUAACAUUAAUUCUGUACUAUAUAUGAAUUAAAACUCAGUUUCAAUUCUGCUGCUGAGAGAAACCUUAUAUUCUGUCGGUUAA